AUGUCAAAAGAAGACGAGGAUUCACAGGUGUUCAAAGGCACUACCACCGAAGAUGUUCGCCUUGAAAAUUUGGGAUAUGAGCAGGAGCUCAAACGUUCUUUCGGGUUGUUGUCUAUGAUUGGUUUUAGCUUCAGUGUUGUGACAUCAUGGACGGCACUGAGUGGUGUGUUCAUCGUUGGUGUGACCUCGGGUGGUCCGCCAGUCAUGGUCUUUAGUUUCAUCGGCGUCAGUUUGCUCACUUUGGCUGUCGCUAUCCCGAUGGCAGAAAUGUGCUCCAUGUACCCUGUUGCGGGAGGACAGUACUCAUGGGUUGCUGCACUUACGCCUCCUCGGUUUGCUCGAGGUUUAUCAUACGCUACUGGCUGGUUCAUGCUUAUUGGCAUGCUAACCCUGUGGAAAAAAGGCCUCCUCGCGAUGGGCGCCACGAAUAACUCCAUUGCCUCCAACUUUGUGCUGGGAAUGGCAAAUCUAGUUUUCCCGGAAUAUACAAUCGAAAGAUGGCAGACGGUGUUGGUAGCCUACCUCGUGGCUUUCCUGUCGGCUGCAAUCAAUCUUUGGGGCUCUCACCUACUCCAUCGAAUCUCCAAAUUCAUUCUAAUCUGGAACGUCGGCUCUUUCGUUAUCGUCACCGUUACCCUCCUUGCAAUGAACGAUCAUAAACAACCGGCCUCUUUUGUGUUCCAAGAUUUCCAGAACACCACAGGCUGGGGUACUGGCAUGGCCGCGAUUAUCGGUAUCUUGCAGGCAUGCUUUGGCAUGUGUUGCUACGAUGCUCCGUCGCAUAUGACGGAAGAAAUGAAAUCCGCCUCGAAGGAGGCGCCCAAGGCUAUCGUCUUGGCCGUGGUUCUGGGUGCGGUUACUGGAUUCGCUUUCCUGCUCACUCUUUGCUUCUGCAUUGGCGAUAUCACAGAGACUGCAGAGAGCAGUACCGGAGUUCCCGUCAUUCAGAUUAUUUACGACUCGACUGGCAGCAAGGUCGCCACGUGCAUUUUGUCUAGCCUAAUUGCGGUGAUUGUCAUUGUCGCGGGUGUCAACAUUCUCGCCGAAGGAUCUCGCUCUGUCUUUGCCUUUGCUCGUGACAACGGACUGCCGUUUUCGAACGUAUUCAGCAAGGUCGAGAGCAAGAGUCAGGUACCCGUCAACGCCGUUCUUCUCACACUGGCCGUCCAGUUGGCCCUUGAUGCCAUUGAAUUCGGCACCACAACAGGCUUUGAGACUGUCAUCUCAAUCUCGACCGAAGGCUUCUAUCUUUCCUAUGCAAUGGCUCUCUUCAGCCGUCUUAUUGGAUACUUCUCCGGCCAUGUCACCAAGCUGGAGGGCCCUUAUUCAUUCUCCACUCCUGUGUCGAUUGGUCUCAACUUUAUUGGACUUCUGUUCCUUCUUUUCGCAUCUAUCACAUUCAACUUCCCCAGUACGGCUCCUGUUAAUGAGGAGUCGAUGAACUACACUAGCGCUGCUGUUGGUGUCAUCGGUCUUAUUAGCAUUGUGACCUGGUUCACUACUGGCCGGAAGAACUUUACGGGUCCGGGAGCUGUGAGCUUUCUGAAGGGCCAGAACACUGCACAGAACACCGCCCGAGGUGAUGUUGCUACAACCGAGGUGAACGAAAAGAAGGCUUAG